GGGAAGCUUGGAUUAGGGCUCAACCGUGAAGGUGAGUCCCGAAUUGAGUCCAGGUCAUAAAACCCUGCAAAUCCCCUGUUCUCUCUUUCUCAGAGUUCGAAAGUUAGUGUUUUGUUGUGAGCUCCAAGAAAAAUGAGCAGUUGGAGGGAUCUUCUUCUCCGAAUCGGUGACAAGUCACCGGAGUACGGCACCUCCUCCGACUUCAAAGACCACAUUGAAACAUGUUUCGGCGUACUUCGGCGAGAGUUGGAGCACUCUGAGGAUGAAAUUUUGAAUGUCCUUCUUGAUUGUGCUGAACAAUUGCCUCACAAAAUUCCUUUAUUUGGGACACUGAUUGGCUUGAUGAACCUGGAAAAUGAGGACUUCGUUAGGAAAGUAGUGGAGAAAACUCAAACUAAUCUUCAGGAUGGCCUGGAUUCUGGAAAUUGCAACAGGAUUCGUAUUUUGAUGCGAUUUUUGACUGUUUUGAUGUGCAGUAAAGUCAUCCAACCCAGUUCCCUGGUUGUUGUAUUCGAGACAUUAUUAUCAUCAGCUGCCACAACAGUAGAUGAGGAGAAGGGAAAUCCCUCUUGGCAAGCAUGUGCUGACUUUUACAUAACUUGCAUUUUAUCUUGUCUCCCAUGGGGAGGAGCAGAACUGAUGGAGCAAGUACCUGAGGAGAUUGAGAGAGUCAUGGUUGGUGUAGAAGCUUACUUGAGCAUCAGAAAGCAUGCUUCUGACACUGGUUUAUCUUUUUUUGAAGAUGAUGAUGAAACUGAGAAUGGUGAAAAGGAUUUCCUGGAAGAUUUAUGGAGUCGGGUACAAGAUUUAUCCAACAACGGGUGGAAACUUGACAGUGUUCCUAGACCUCAUCUUUCAUUUGAAGCUCAGCUGGUUGCUGGAAAGUCUCACGAGUUUGUGCCCAUCAGCUGCCCUGAGCAACAUCAUUCACCUUCAACACUUUCUGUGAUAAAUCAUGGUCAACAAAAGCAUGAAGCAGAGUUAAAGUAUCCUCAAAGGAUACGUAGGCUAAAUAUAUUUCCAGCCAGUAAAGCUGAGGACCUACAACCUAUUGAUCGAUUCGUUGUGGAAGAGUAUCUCCUAGAUGUGCUUUUCUUCUUUAAUGGCAGUCGAAAGGAAUGUGCUUCUUUCAUGGUUGGCCUGCCUGUACCUUUCAGAUAUGAGUAUCUUAUGGCAGAGACUAUUUUCUCCCAGUUACUUAUGCUUCCACAACCCCCUUUCAAGCCAAUAUAUUACACACUGGUCAUCAUUGACCUCUGUAAGGCUCUUCCUGGGGCCUUUCCUGCAGUUGUAGCAGGUGCAGUCCGCGCUCUUUUUGAGAAAAUAGCUGAUUUGGAUAUGGAAUGUCAGACAAGGCUCAUCCUUUGGUUUUCGCAUCACCUAUCAAACUUCCAAUUCAUCUGGCCAUGGGAAGAGUGGGCUUAUGUCUUAGACCUCCCAAAAUGGGCCCCGCAGCGCGUGUUUGUUCAGGAGGUUUUGGAGAGAGAAGUCCGUUUGUCGUACUGGGACAAAGUCAAGCAGAGCAUAGAGAAUGCACCUGGUUUAGAAGAACUGCUUCCUCCAAAGGGUGGACCGAACUUCAUAUUCAGUGUUGAAGGUGAUAGAGAAAGAACUGAACAGCAUGCACUUUCUGCAGAUCUAUGUAACAUGGUCAAAGGAAGGGCAGCUGCCCGUGAAAUAAUUUCUUGGGUUGAAGAAAGUGUGCUUCCUGUUCAUGGUAUGGAAGCUACUCUUAAAGUGGUUGUGCAAACUCUCCUUGACAUUGGAUCUAAAAGCUUUACUCAUUUGAUCACUGUCUUGGAGAGAUAUUGUAAAGUAAUUGCAAAGUUGUGUCCUGAUCAAGAUAAGCAUGCCAUGCUUAUAGCUGAAGUUGGUUAUUACUGGAAGAAUAAUGCUCAAAUGGCAGCUAUAGCAAUUGAUAGGAUGAUGGGAUAUCGGCUUGUAUCUAAUUUGGCCAUUGUGAGAUGGGUCUUCUCUCCAGAAAAUAUUGAUCAAUUUCAUACAUCUGAUCAUCCAUGGGAGGUUCUAAGAAAUGCAGUUAGUAAGACAUAUAAUCGUAUCUCAGAUCUUAGGAAAGAAAUAUCAUCUCUUAAGAAGGUUAUUAUAUCAGCUGAAGAAGCUGCAACAAGGGCAAAAGUCGAAUUAGAGGCUGCAGAGUCAAAGCUUUCACUAGUAGAUGGUGAACCUGUCCUUGGUGAAAACCCUGCAAAAUUGACUCGUUUCAAAUCCAAUGCUGAAAAGAAAAAAGAGGAGGAGGUAUCAGCACGUGAGUCUUUGGAGGCCAAGGAUGCUCUUCUUGCUCGAGCCCUUGAUGAAAAUAAGGCAUUGUUCCUCUCUUUGUAUAAAAACUUCUCUAUUGUAUUGACGGAACGAUUGCCCGACCCUUCUAGAGCUGGAACAUUGCGGGAAUUAAAGUCUACUCAUGCAGAUUCGAUGGCAGUUGACCUUGAAGAAUCAGCAGCAAUGGAGGUGGACAAUGAGAAUGGCAGACAAAAAAGUCAGUCAAAUGGUGGAAGGACAAGCAAUGGCUAUAACAUAGGUGAAAAAGAGCAGUGGUGUUUGUCGACUUUGGGCUAUGUCAAGGCCUUCUCAAGACAAUAUGCUUCUGAGAUAUGGCCUCACAUUGAGAAGUUGGAAUCAGAGGUAUUAACGGAGAACACACAUCCUCUCUUUCGAAAAGCUGUUUAUUGUGGCCUUCGUCGACCAAACAAUUAGGCGUGAUGUGAUUUAUUGUGUAAGGAAGCAAACUGGAAUGAGUUGAUAUAUUAUUGGAGAGUAGUUCACUUAUUAGAUGCUCUAACAUCUAGUUUAGUAGAUCUGUUAGGCAAAGCCUUUUACACAUUCUAGAGAUUUUCAGGUUUUCUUUCCCUGGCUCGUAAGCAAAAAGGAAUUGUGAUUUGCGGUCUGCAAACUAGUGAUUUUUAUUUUUUAUACAAAAUUAUAUGUCUUGUGCA